AUAGGCGGGCACUCCGCCCUAGUUCCUAAGGAUCAUGUCUGCGAGCCAGGAUUCCCGAUCCAGAGACAAUGGCCCCGAUGGGAUGGAACCCGAAGGUGUCAUUGAGAGUAACUGGAAUGAGAUCGUGGAUAGCUUUGAUGACAUGAACCUCUCCGAGUCUCUCCUGCGCGGCAUCUACGCCUAUGGUUUCGAGAAGCCCUCUGCCAUCCAGCAGCGUGCCAUUCUUCCUUGUAUCAAGGGUUAUGAUGUGAUCGCUCAAGCCCAAUCUGGGACGGGAAAAACGGCCACAUUCGCCAUAUCGAUUCUGCAGCAGAUAGAGCUGGACCUGAAGGCCACCCAGGCCCUGGUCCUAGCACCCACUCGUGAACUAGCCCAGCAGAUACAAAAGGUGGUCAUGGCAUUAGGAGAUUACAUGGGUGCAUCCUGUCAUGCCUGCAUUGGGGGUACCAACGUGCGUGCUGAGGUGCAAAAACUACAAAUGGAAGCUCCCCAUAUCAUUGUGGGGACCCCUGGCCGUGUAUUCGACAUGCUUAACCGGAGAUACCUGUCUCCCAAAUAUAUCAAGAUGUUUGUACUGGAUGAAGCUGAUGAAAUGUUAAGUCGUGGAUUCAAGGACCAGAUCUAUGACAUAUUCCAAAAGCUCAACAGCAACACCCAGGUGGUCUUAUUGUCGGCUACCAUGCCUUCCGAUGUGCUUGAAGUGACCAAGAAAUUCAUGAGGGACCCCAUCCGGAUUCUUGUCAAGAAGGAAGAAUUGACCCUGGAGGGUAUCCGCCAGUUCUACAUCAAUGUAGAACGAGAGGAGUGGAAACUGGACACCCUGUGUGACUUGUACGAAACCCUGACCAUAACCCAGGCUGUCAUCUUUAUCAACACCCGAAGGAAGGUUGAUUGGCUCACUGAGAAGAUGCAUGCCCGGGACUUCACAGUCUCUGCCAUGCACGGAGACAUGGACCAGAAGGAACGAGAUGUGAUCAUGAGGGAGUUCCGCUCGGGCUCCAGCCGAGUGCUCAUCACCACUGACCUGCUGGCCAGAGGCAUCGAUGUGCAACAAGUUUCUUUAGUCAUCAACUAUGACCUUCCCACAAACAGGGAAAACUACAUCCACAGAAUUGGGCGUGGUGGACGAUUUGGCCGUAAGGGUGUGGCCAUUAACAUGGUGACAGAGGAAGACAAGAGGACUCUCCGAGACAUUGAGACCUUCUACAACACCUCCAUUGAGGAGAUGCCCCUCAAUGUUGCUGACCUCAUCUGAAGGGCUGGCCUGCUACGAGCCCCCACCUGGGGUUCAGUCCUUCAGGGGUUGAGGAGCAGCAGGAGGGGGGAGGGGAGGGAGCCAAGGGAUGGACAUCUUGUCAUUUUUUUUUCUUUGAAUAAAUGUCACUUUUUGAGGCAAAAGAAGGAACCGUGAACAUUCUAGAAACCCUUUUCUUUGGGGUAGGCUCUUGCCCCAGGCGCCGUCUCCAAAAAGAAAAAAACACUAACCCACUUCCCCAACCUAGUUACCUCCAGGUCCCAGAAGCUCUCUGUUCCCAGCUGAAUUCCACACUUGAUGUAGGGGUUCUCCAAGGUAUUCAACCUCCUGUGCUAGACCAAAAAGUGCAGGGAGGCACCAGUGAGGUUGCCCAGUGGUUGAACCCAGCUGUGGGAGCAGGGGAGAUAAAAUGGUAGCCAUUUUUACAUUGUUUUGUAUAGUAUUUAUUGAUUCAGGAAGCAAACUCAAAAUUCUGAAUAAAAUGACUUGGAAACUGCCA